CGUACCGGUAUCAUGUCGAACACCGCCGACAACAGUCAAGGCUUCAACACCACCCACAAUGAUGAUUCCGAACCUCCCAUUGUGCCUGUGUUGUUAGCAGGGAAGGGUAUUCUACAACCAGAGCCCGACGAUAUCAUUUGUGGAAGGGGAAAGUCCAUUGCUCACAAGGGAAACGCCAAAUUCCGAGAACUGAUCAAUGCCAAAAAGGACGAAUACCAAGCAGCGCGACGACGAGAAGAUAAGACACGUCUCACUAUGGAAAUUGUACGAGAACUAAGACAAUCGUCACGCUUCCUCCUCAAAGAUCCCAAGCUCCAGCUUUGGUUCGAAGUGGGAGAAGAGUACAUGAAGGAAAAGGUCUCUCAUGCGUUGCGCAGUAGACCCAGUGAAGAGCGAAGAAGAAGGCUCAAGCCUAAGAAAAAGACCGUCAGAAAACAGACUCAAUCACCGGCCGUGGAGGAAGCCGCCGAUAGUUUAAUCCGAGAACAACAGGCGCUCUUAAAAGCAAUGAUUGAGAGGGAAGGAGGGGCUGGAAAUGGAACUACAAUUGGUUGUGCGUCGCUGGAAUAAUAAGACAAUCUGCAUCCGUUGGAGCCAACGCAAUAGGAAAGAUAUUGGCAAAACCAUGCCCAAAACACAAUCGCAAGCCCCAAAGGGCAACAAGAUAUUGGCUUCUCUUGAAGAUCAAUUCACUGCGUUCGUGCAGCGGAAGAAGAAUGAAAAGAAGAGCGAGCACAACAAAUCCAUUACAGAUCCACAUGAACUUGAAUUGAGGAUCACGACGAACACUUCUUCGAUUGCACCAUGUUGCGUCUCAGAGCUGUUCUCUAUCCACGCUGAGGGAAGAGGUGGAUAUUGAUCGUUGGCACCUCGAGGUCUACAGUGGGGGAGAUGGGACCUGGAUCUGCGGAUUACAAGGUCGUGCCGCCUGAAAGGCUAUAGAGAGAGAUCCAAAAGGUGAAGGGAUCUUGAUGCGUAAACGAAGCGCAUUGCAGAAGCGGAAGAUCAACGAAUAUCUGCUUGAAGGAGAUGCAACUUGGCUUCGUUUCCUUCGGCUAUACGCUUGAGCUAUAUCCUCGCUAUGGUUGCCUUUUGACCCUAUAAGUCUCAUACCCACUCCUACUGCAUGGCACGGAACUAUCUAAGUAUUAUCAUAGCACAGCACCGGUACCGGUAGCUAUCUACCGGAUCCGCGAUAACUGCAAUAGAAUCCAUUCAUC